CUAAAAAGGCAAGUAAUCUUUACAUCAAAUUCAUUAUCACUAGAUAUGAUGAGACCGGUUUAUGUUCAAUAUAUCCGGUUGCAUUGACCCACCAAUCAACCAAGGACCUUAUCAAUUAUACAAAGCCAAAACCAAUUUCAUCAUCUUGGAUUUUAAUCAUAAGCAAGAGCCACCACACCUCCAAUAUAAAAAACAUUUAUUCUCCACCGUUUUAAACUUCAUGGGACUCCACCAUCAUGACUUUGACACCCAAAGACGUGAACCCCAUGCAACACAAGCCUUCCUCUCACUAACCUUAUACACACCAAAACAAAACAGAAAGUCCAAAGAGUACCACACCAAAACAACAACGAAAAGCUUCAACACAAUGAGAGCGAAAGCAACUUUGGUUAACUUCAGAUCAAAGCUUUCAGAAUCAUGCAACAGAUUCGUCUCUCUCUUCCGCUUCAGAGUUAAGAGACCUGUCUUCAUUAGACCUCUUCGUCGUGCUCGUCAUGGCAAUGUCAAACCUAGACAUCAACAUCAUCCCAAGAAGCCAAUCCAUUCUUCCUCUUUGCUAUCUUGUCUCUAUUUUCUCAGCAAAAACAAAGACCAGAAGAUAAGCCAGACCAAACCUUGUAAGAAAACUUCUCUACAAUGUUCGAAACAAAAAUGUCUUACAAGCUUUUUUAAUUUAUCUGUUUGUUCUCCAUUUGGAAUUGCAGUUAGGGUGAAGGAUGAUGAUUUUUCGAAGUUUACACAUUCGCCUCUUACGCCAGCAGCAGCCAAGAAGCUGUUCACUUCACCCAUCACGACACCUGUUUCUGCGUCAUGGACCAAGAAAUCACUGAACUCAAGAGAUACAUUCGAAGACAAUGCUGUGGAAGAUGCUUGCAGAAGCUUUGAAAACUAUCUUACUCAUCUGACUGAAGAAGGGAAAAUGGAUGACUUAAUGGACAUAGAGGAGCUUCUCUUCUGUUGGAAGAAUCUUAAGAGCCCUGUCUUCAUUGAACUUGUCUCCAGAUUCUAUGGAGAGCUCUGCAGAGACUUGUUUUCAGGUGAAUGAACAUAAUCCAAUAAUGAUCAAAGCAAUCCUUCUUUCUAAACCCAAAAAACAAAGUUUAUU